AGUGGCUAACACCGGGGAGGUGGAGAGGCUACGUAAACAUCUUUGUUAAAAUACAGUUGGAUUUGCUCUUACUCUGAAGCACCCCAUUUGAGAACUUUUUGAUGACUUUACAAACCAGUGAACAAUUCAGCACAAAGGGUUCCGGAGUCACGCUGGCAUGUUGUGACAGAAUCACACGAUUACAUGGGAUUCAUCGCCAUCUGAAAAUGCCCGAACAGCAAACAACAGAGGCAAAUGGAACCAAGCAGCCAAGCCACCACAGCCUGAGAGAGGCUUGAAACUCAGACUCCACAGUUUACAGGGAACAUUUCCUGCUAUGGCAUGGAAAUGCCAUAAAGGAGACGGAUAGAAAAUGGCAGUAAGACUUCUAAGAAUAACCCUUGCUCUGCUCUCCCUUGGCCUUUUUGGGAUCCUGAGCGCAGCAACAAUAUCAUGCAAAAAUGAAGAAGGCCAAGCUGUGGAUUGGUAGGUUUACCUUCUAUAAGUUACCUAAAAGGCAAGGCCAGGGAGGUGGUGAGACUGGGUUAGAGUACUUGUACCUAGACUCGACCAUUAGAACCUGGAGGAGGAGUAAGCAACUGAUGAAUACCACCAGGAGUGUUUUGGGAAGGACUUUACAACAGCUGUACGAGGCGCAAGCCUCCAAGAGUAACAACACAGCCUAUCUAAUAUACAAUGAUGGAGUCCCUAAGUCUGUGAAUUACAGCAGAAAGUAUGGACACACCAAAGGUUUGCUGCUGUGGGACAGAGCCCAGGGCUUCUGGCUCAUUCAUUCUAUUCCCCGGUUUCCUCCAAUCCCUGAAGAAGGCUAUGACUAUCCACCUUCAGGGAGACGGAAUGGACAAAGUGGCAUCUGCAUUACUUUCAAGUACAGUCAGUAUGAAGCAAUAGAUUUUCAGCUCUUGGUCUACAACCCAAAUGUCUAUAGCUGUUCCAUUCCAGCUGCCUUUCAGCACAAGCUCGUUCACAUGCUUCAGCUGUGCACUGGGAACAUCUCAUCAGAGGCCCCCCGCAGGCACCUCACCACACUUCAGUCAGCUCAGGGACAAAACUUCCUCCAUUUCGCAAAAUCGGAUUCUUUUUUUGAUGACAUCUUUGUAGCUUGGAUGGCUCAACAGUUGAAGACACACUUGCUAGCAGAAACCUGGCAGCGGAAGAGGCAAGAGCUUCCUUCAAACUGCUCUCUCCCUUACCAUGUCUACAAUAUCAAAGCAAUUAAGACAUCGCGACAAUCUUACUUCAGUUCUUACCAGGAUCAUGCCAAAUGGUGCAUUUCCCAAAAGGGCGCCCGAAAUCGCUGGACAUGUAUUGGAGAUCUAAAUCGGAGCCCAUAUCAAGCCUUCAGAAGUGGAGGGUUCAUCUGUACCCAGAAUCGGCAGAUUUACCAAGCAUUUCAAAGCCUAGUUUUGUAUUAUGAGAACUGUAGCAAAACCUACUCAUAAUCCACAUAUCAUCAAAUUAAACACUUUUCUCCCAUGUC